UUAUAACCAAAAGUAAACUCCAUGACAAAUACUGGUGGUGGACCCGCGCCAUUUGAAAGAUUUAACAUUCAGGUCUUAGUCCAAGCUACAGAAAAUCAGUAGUGGGGAUGAGCACAGUCUUUCCAAAAGGAGUACUCAGCAUGGGCCCACAGUAAAGCGGUACCUUGGACAAUACACGGGGUACCGGUAGCAGAAGUGCAGUUUGGAGGAAAGCUCAUCAUCUCCUUCGCCGAGCUUUCCUAACUCAUCCGCUCAACACGAAGACAGAUGCAUUGCCCGCCUCAUGCAUUCCUCGUUCACGCUGGUAUAAACAAUUAGUUUCAGUUCGGGUUGACGCGCUGACCUUUUACAACUUACCACCGAACACUAAUCAAGCCAUUCUGUAUCAGGGAGUGGCUCCUGUAGUGCACAACAUUUGAUUUGAUUGAAUGAUCAAUCAUUCGGUGGGAAAAGGAGAAUAAUACAACAAUGGCGGACGGAGGAGAAGAUCCUUCUCGCGGAAUGAAGAGAGAACGAGAACGUGAGCAGGACGACGAGAUGGAAGCAGCUGCGAGAGCCGUACGUGCCCGCAACCAAGCAUUGAUCGGGGCGCCAGCUGGAAACCAAGGGCUUGGAGGGAUACCCCCAGGCAACCAUGCCAUGGCUGUGGCGAGGGCCAUGGUUGCAAACCAAAACAGCUUUGCUUUGCAACAGCAACAACGCCAACAGCAGCUCAGGACGCCACUUCUCGGGGGGUCUGCGUUGCAACUAAACCAACUUUCGGCUCCACUGGGUGGUUUGCCUCCAAUGGCCGGUGUCCCAAAUCUUCUAGGAGCGGUGGGCGGUGUGCAAGAUCCUGCAAUGAGAAACUUAUUGCUCUCGCAAAUGCUAUCCGGUCGCAACCAAGCCAUGCACGUGAACCCAGUCAGCACCCAGGCAACAGGUCAUGCGAACCCCCUUCUGCAGUCUCAGGCUGCAGGUCUGCCAAUGGCGGCCAUGGGACACUCUCAACAUCCAACACAAAAUCAUGCACUUCUGCUUAGUCAGCACCAGGCUCUUCAGCAUCAACAGGCCUCUCAUUCUCUGCUUAACAGCCCAACCGCAGCUGUAGAUGCAUCCAAGAGCGGGGCAACUCAGGGUGCUGUCGCCUCGGUGGCCUCGCUUCCAGGAAACACCUUGGGCCAGCCUCAGGCAAAACGAAAUCCAGCGUCCAAAAGCGAUGAAGGCGAGCCCGAUGAAGACGCAGAUCCAGGUUUCAGACCAAGAAGAGACAGCGAGUCCGGAGAGCGCAGUUUGAUACUGUAUGUACCCUCGGACGAUGAGAGUCUCUCUCCGUUUCAAUGUUUGGCCAGAAAACAUAUUGAACUGUUUGAAGCUCAGCAGGAAGAUGUGGAAGCAGGUGCACAAGGAAGAAACAAACCAAUAGUCUUGGGACAAGUUGGGAUACGGUGUGUCCAUUGCAAGAUGCUACCACCAAACAUGAGGGCGAGAGCUGCCGUCUAUUACCCUUCCAAGCUGAGCGUGCUUUACCAAGCUUGUCAAAACAUCGUCAACUUACAUCUUCCGCAGCUGUGCGACGGUGUGCCAGAUGAUGUCCGAUCCGAGUUGCUCAGCCUGGGGAAAAAGAAGUCGGCUGUGGGCGGAGGAAAGAACUAUUGGAGUGAUGCUGCCGAAAUCCUGGGAGUCCGAAACACUGAUGGCCAAGGACUACGCUUUCAGGAUAGUGCGGUUGACGAGUAGUCUGCUGGAAGCGGUACGGUACGGUACGGUACGGU